AUGUCUGACGACUUCUCCAUUUUCACCUCUAUGAGGUACGACGCUAAACUUGCACAGCUGAAAAGUCAGGGAUGCAGUGGUAAGGGCUGGAACUUUGAAAAUAACUCUCCUCUGUACAUGCUUGACUUUCACCGCGAUCGACUCUUCAAGGCAGCGAUACAUUGGGGAUGGCAGUCCACAGUAGAUCAACUAUCCGGUGUCGAUGGACUGUCACAUCUGGCUCAACUCAUUGCAAACUGCGUUGGACCAUCUCAUCCAACACCUUUGAAACUUAAAAUAGUCGUGUCUCGUCAAGGCGACAUCAAUAUUGAGCACUCCAGCACACCUGAGGUUCCCAUACAGAACCUCUUACCAGCUCGCCUUCCAGACCCUUCUCGUCCUUCACAGGAAAACGAACCCCAGAAAGGUUCUGCCUAUACUCUUCUCCUGGAUCGGGUUUCAACGGCGAGGUCCGAGUAUACUCAUUUUAAAACUACAAAGAGGGCCAUGUACGACGCAGCCCGACAACGUGCUGGUAUCACUUAUGCAGAUCCCGUAGAGAUCUUGGUCGUAAACCAAGACGAUGGUUCUGUAAUGGAAGGGACAUUUACUACGCCCUAUUUCUGGAGGGACGGCCGUUGGGUUACACCACCCGUUGCAGCCCAAUUCAGCUGGGAGGAGGGAAAUGGCGGACAAGAUGGAACCUCGAGACGUUGGGCAUUAGAACAGUAUGUAGGACUCGCCUCUGAGCAAGUUAUCGAUUCCAAAUCUUUGAUCCAUGGCGAAGAAUGUUGGAUUAGCAAUGGUGUCAGAGGGUUCAUUCCGGCAACUAUUCGGCUCCUUUGAUUAGAGAAGGUCAGGUCAACAAGUCGGGAACCCCGUUGAUAGCCACCAUGGCUUCGUAUAUGCUCAUCUGGUGGCAAGUUGGUUAUGGACACAGUUUUGGCCAUGUAUUAUUAACAUUGUGUUACAAUGCCGCUUCAGCCGCAAACAAACAGGGCAACCUACUAUUGGUGUACCUUUACAUAUUAUACACGCCAGAUAUAUCUUAUUGGUCAUCGAGA